UAACCGAUAGAACGGCAAUAACAAAGAAACAUGUUUCGUGCCGAACAGCAGCUCUGAGGGGUUUAAAAGCUGAACGGCUAAUCAGUUGGACAUCACUCGUUGUCGACGCCAAGUCUCCAUAGUUUCCAUUCAAGAUGCGUGCCACUUUUCUGACUCUUGGGCUAUUUUGCCUGAUUGGUUUCGUUUAUUCCAAUGUACUUCCUGCUUUCGACGGUACAGGCAACGCUGAGUUUGACGAGCAAAGCUUGAGGUCAGACGAUGAUGGGGAACUUGACCAAAUUGUUGGUGGUACUCCAGCUGCCUUGGGAGAGUUCCCUUUCCAGGCCGCCUUGAUCCUUGGCGGUAGUCUGUGCGGUGGUACCUUGAUUUCGCCCUCCAUUGUCUUGACGGCAGCCCAUUGCUUAGCCGGCAAAACUCAAGCGUCGGUUGGUACGUUUACCGUGAGGGUUAAUACCCUGACGCUAAGCGGCUCAACAACCGGUUCCGUCACCAGAGGAGUCACGAGAUUUAUCAACCAUCCUAAUUAUGUUCCUAGGACCAAUGACAACGAUAUCGCUUUGUUGAAACUAUCGUCGCCGAUCACAAAUGUCAGGCUGGCCACUCUUCCAGCACCUGCAUCUUGCGGCUCGUUCAGCACGUAUGCCAGCCAAGCCGCUGUUAUCGCCGGUUGGGGAACCACCUCAUCCGGAGGAAGCAUCUCGCGGGCAUUGCUUAAGGCUACCGUUACCGUCUUGGACAAUACCGUCUGCCAGCGCCAAUACAGCACUCUUACCGACAAUAUGAUCUGUGCUGCCGCUCCAGGCAAAGACACCUGCCAGGGUGACAGCGGUGGCCCAAUGAUGGUCGGAGGCGUUCAAGUUGGUAUCACUUCCUUUGGCAGAGGUUGCGCCGAUCCCAAUUUCGCUGGUGUCUACACCCGAGUUACCAGAUACGUUAGCUGGAUUUCCACCACUUCUGCAACGAUUUAAAGUUCUUGAUUUUCCAAAAGGACGACGUCAACUGAAAUUGCAACGCAGCUGAUUCCAUCUGAUAACUAUCUAAAUCGAAAAAUAUAUUGUUUAGUCCUGUUUAGAGUAGAAUUUUGACAUGAAUGUCGGCAUUGGGAGUAUAAGGUAUAAUAAACAUUUUCAUUGAGCAAA